AUGAGUCUCUCUGACAUUUCGCGGCGAAGGAGCCCUGUGUCCCAAGAGCCUUCACCUGACUGGCCCCAGACACCCGAUCCCCUGAGGCCUUCCCCUUUCCCGAACCCCGUGAUGCAAGCCCUCUACAGUUUAUCCCGCAUGCUGCUCUUCCCGACUUACUGGUCUCUGGACCAGUUGCUGGCCUACUGGGCACCAACAGUGCGACCCAGCAGCUUAGGGUGGCUCAAAGUCCUGACUGGAAGCGGGGUGUUGCUACCGCUGGUGGUGGUCGGCCUACCCAUAGGGUUGGUCGGCCUUAUGCUCUGGCUGCCCCUCCAGGUCUGGCGCCGCCCCUUCUGCUAUCAGCCUCCUCCCGCAUGCUGGGUGUGGCCAAAGCCCUGGCACCCGCUGGCUGAGCGCCGGCGCUGCUUUGUCUUUCUCACUGCUAAUGUGUGCCUGUUCCCCCACGGGCUGGCACACUUUAACAACCUGUCGCACACCCAGCAACGCGCGGAGGCUGUUGGGGCCGCACUGCUAGGUAGCCUUCGAUUAUCACAGUAUGGGGCUACCGAAUGCAGCCAGCUGCUGCCUAAGGUGCCUGGUGGUGUGCUGAAGGCCACAUUGCCUACGGAUUUAGACUUCGUGUGUCUGCAGGAAGUGUUCGACCUCCGCGCAGCUCGUCGUCUUGUGCGAAUCUUGGUACCAAAUCUGGGCCCGGUGCUGUAUGAUAUAGGCACAUUUGGCUUAAUAGCCGGGCCGUACAUCAAGUUACUGGGCAGUGGGCUUCUACUAGCCUCACGCUACCCUCUGCUGCGUGCCACCUUCCGUUGCUUUCCUAACGCUCGUCGCGAGGACGCCAUGGCCUCCAAAGGUCUAAUAUCUGUCCAGGCGCAGCUAGGCAUCCUGGACGGGCGCCGCAUCGUGGGAUACCUUCAUUGCACACACUUGCAGGCACCCGUUGAGGAUGGACAUAUUCGCUGCCAACAGCUGACGCUGCUACUGGAAUGGGUGGAGGAGUUCGAGGCCGAGAGCCGCCAGAGUGGUGAGGCUGUAGCAUUUAGUGUCCUUCUGGGAGACCUAAACUUUGACAACUGCUCACAAGAUCAUGCAAAGGAGCAGGGACAUAAAUUCUUCAGCUGUUUUCAGGACCCCUGCCGGAUAGGCGCUGGCCAGGAGCAGCCCUGGGCCUUGGGGACAAUCUUGAACAGCUCUAGGCUACGCCAUUCCACUGCCAGCUCCCCAGAGAUGCUUCGGAGGGCCCUGGAGCACGAAAAAGGGCGCCGCCUCUACCUGGGAGGACCCCUUCAUGGAAGUUACUCAGCUCAACCCUGGAAGGGCCGGCGUCUGGACUAUAUCACCUAUCGCGGAGUACCUGGGAGUCGACUGAGUCCAGAGGUGGAGCAGGUGACAUUCAGUACUGCCUUUGCUGGACUCACGGACCACUUAGCUAUGGGCCUGAAGCUUCAAGUUGUAUGCUCCUGACGCUGGCGCAUGGA